GCGAAAGAGACGCCAAACUACCCUUCAUAGUGAUCGCAAUCGACUGAAAAUUUUUUUCUACUAUUUAAAUAAAUUUAAAUACAAUUUAAAUGUCAAUUAUCGUCAAAUCGAAUAAAUAAUUCAUUAAAGAAUUAAGUGAAUAAUAAUAAUAACACAUAAGUAGUUAUAUUGUUAGCUAUUUUAUUUCAUGACUGUUGGAGGUUAUGUAUAGCCAUGUGGAAGGGUUGGAAAUAAUUGAAUUACAUCAUUUUUUCACAAACAUCUAAAUAAUUGUUUAUAAAAUAACAAUAACCAGUGUACUUAUUAAUUAAUGAAUAUUAUUAUUCAUUGAUAAUUUGGUGGCCACCUGUGAAUCAUUCACGUGAUCAGUCAUUUUCUUGUGCAUAUCAGCUAUAUGAAAAGUAGACUAUAAGUGAAAUAUUUAAGCAAUCAAUUUGUUUAUUAACUCAAGACUUACUGAUAUGAAUAAGCAAUUAUUGCAAUUAAAGUAUUUACGUACAUACUUAUAGUUCAUGAUUAUAAAUAAUUAGAGUGAAAAAAAUUUAUCAGAGCAUAUAAUAAAUAAAGGGUUGAAUUAUCAGUGAAUCGACAUUCUUGCAUAUUAUACUGUUGAAAAUCCUCCUUGCCCCUCAUCAUAUUUGCGUUUUUUUUGUGCUUUAUCUCUUUCUCUCUCUUUCGAAUUAUACAUGAAUGUUUUUCCGAUUCAUAUUACAUCGUGAUGUCAACCGUUAAUGUCACGCAAAUGUACUUAGUAUAAAGUGAUAACUAAGUGUAGUGAUAGUAAAGAGUAAUUAAUUCAUCACAAUCAUUUGUUUUAUUUGUUAAAAGUACGUAAUAUAUUUGGAAUUGACGUCAAUUAAAAGUGGUGAAAACUGGCGAAAACCGGAAGUGAGGGAGCAAGUAAAAUUACGCCGCGACCACCGAUGGCGGCCGCGAGCUUUCCACCAAACUUUUCCAACGUCGGCGUAAUCGAGAACUGCGCCGGCAUGGAGGCAGCGAAUGGAGCAAUAGACCACGACUUUCACAAUGCAUUAGUUCCAAUCAACGGUAGCCAUUCAGGGAGCUCCGGAAGGAGUACUCCAAAUAGUGGAGAUCCAGCACCGGGAAAACUCUUUGUUGGUGGGCUUUCAUGGCAAACUAGUAGUGAAAAGCUGAGAGAAUACUUUGGAAUGUUUGGUACAGUUACGGAUGUACUAAUUAUGAAGGAUCCAGUCACACAGCGAAGUCGCGGAUUUGGAUUCAUCACAUUUGCCGAACCUGGAAGUGUCGACAAGGUUCUCAAGUGUCCAAUUCACACUUUGGAUGGUAAGAAGAUUGACCCGAAGCACGCGACUCCUAAGAAUCGAGCUAAACAAGCGAAUCGAACGAAAAAGAUAUUCGUUGGUGGUGUAAGUCAGGAUACCAGUAGUGAUGAAGUUAAAGCUUAUUUCAAUCAAUUUGGUAAAGUUGAGGAAACCGUAAUGUUAAUGGAUCAGCAAACUAAACGACAUCGGGGUUUUGGUUUUGUUACGUUUGAGAAUGAAGAUGUUGUUGACCGAGUUUGUGAGAUACAUUUUCACACGAUCAAGAAUAAAAAAGUUGAAUGUAAAAAAGCUCAACCUAAGGAAGCUGUUCAACAAAGUGCGCUGGCUCUUGGCAAAAGGGUAGUUCUGGGAGCUUUAGGAGUACGUUUAGCACCCCAACCACCUCUUCAAGUUGCAACGGCAUCACAAAUCGUUGCUGCACAAGCUCAAGCUCAAGUACAAGCUGCAGCAGCUGCAGCUGCUGCUGCACAAGUUCAAAGUGCCGUUGCGGGCUAUGGAAAGCUUUUUGCCUCAAGCUACCCAGCGCUUUCUGCAUAUCGAUAUGCACCAUAUCCUAUUCCAGCGGCUGCUGUAGCAGCACCUCCUGCUGCUGCUGCACCACCGGCUGCUGCCACGACUGCGGCACCAACAGCUGCAGGUGCUCCUGGAAAUCCGUAUCAAGGCUACUCCCUCACUAAUGUCGAUAUGUCAAGUUUCCAAGGUGUAGAUUGGGGUUCCAUGUAUGGUAUGGGCAUGUACGUCUAAAUUUGUUUCAACUUCCAAUUUCUGCUCAUCAAUUUUUGGACCAAUUACCGCAAUUCGGGCAGAACUGAUUAUAGAUCUCAGAUUCGGAUUCAAGUCUGAUUUUUUUUUCGUCUUUCUUCGAUAUAAUUAAUUAAUUUUCAUAUCAACGAGGCUUGAUUUUAAAUUCCUAAAUUUUACUCUCAUUUAAAUCAUAACAGUUUCUUUUUUUUUCUUUAUCUGGAGAAUUUUUAAUUAUUAUUUUUUUUUCUUUUCCACAAAGAAAUUCUCCAAUUUGUCGUAUUAAAUAUCACUUGAAAAAAACCAUUAAGCAAUACAUUCUGAUAAUUAAAGAGAAGAAAAAGAGAAAGAAAAUUAAAAAAAAGAAGGUUGAAUAAUUGAAUAAAGUGGCGCAGUAAAUCGACUGUCAAUAUUUAUGAAUAAGUAAUAAUAAUUAUAUGAAUAAUAGUAUUAUAUAUUUUUUCUUUCGAAAAAAUGGAAGACAAUAUUUCUCUGCUCUCCAUCACGUUAGGGUCUUAAUAACGUUAUAAUUAUUAAAUAAAUAAUUAAUUAAAUAAUAAUGAAUAACAAUAAACAGUACUAAUAGUAAUAACAAUAAACAAUAAUCAAUGAUAUUAAUUGAAAAUAAACAAAUCAAACGGCGGCAGGUCGCGCACGAAUACAAUUAUUAAUAAAAAUUAAGACACAGUAGAAUGAUUAAAUUGUAUUGUUACACUCUACAAUUUGUUCUAUUUUUAUUAAUAGUUAAGAUCAAAUUGUUGAGUGUAAUAAACAUUCUAUUCGACUAAUCGAAGGUGAGAUAUUUCGAGCAAUAAGCAAGUUACUCAACUAUUUAUCUAUUAUUAAUUAUUAAGUAAAAAUUAAAAAAUGAUGCAUUAGCUGUAUUCAAACAAUAUAAAUAAUGGCAAUUAAUUGUCAAAAUAAUUAAUAAUAAUAAUUUAAUCGAGUAAAAAAAAAGGAAUACAAGACGAAAAUACAAUAUGGAAAAUCAUUUUUUCCAAACAAAUAAUAUCGCUAGUGAUAUAUAAUUAAUAAUUGAUCGUUUGAUUGAUAAAAUAAUUGAAUAGGAUUAUCUAAUUAAAAAAUAAUGAUAAUUGAAUAAACAACAAGUGCGAGUGAUAUAUACUAUAGGUAUUUAAUAUACAUAAGUUAUUAAUAAUAAUUAUUAUUAUUACUCGCAACUCGAGUAUUAUUAAUUUAUAAUUAACUAAUUAAUUCAUUGAUUGUAUACAUAUUCUCAAAGUCAUCACUAACUAUACGUACUUAUGAUUGGCUUGAAAGGCCACUAUGAGUGAGAUUAAUGUGGAGAAAAUCAAUUUGUAAAAUCGAAUGAGUGUUUCUGUGUGCUCUUUUUUCAUGUCUUGGUAUUAAAAAUAUCGAUUAUCGAUCAAUAAUACCUUAACUCCCAAUAUCCACAUGACUGAAAUCGACAUGACGGACUAUUAUUUAUGAAAAUUAAAUUAUUUUUUUAUAUACAUAAUGAAACGAAAAAAAAAAAAAAAUGAAAUUUAAA